AUGCCAAGUUCUCCAUCAGUUUGCUAUAGUAAAGUAAAUGUAGAUACUAAUGGCAGUAAGAAAGAUUUUAUAAAUAAAGCAAAAUACAAAUUUCCAACAAUUGAGUCAAAGAAAACAGAGAAAAGAAAUUUCUGGGAAUAUAUUAGUAAUAAAAGUGAUGGAAAUGAAGAAACAGAGGCAAAAACCGAAGAAGUACCAAGUAUCUCCUUUUUCACAUUGUUCAGAUUCGCCACAGCGAGAGACAAGUUCUAUAUAGUUAUAGGAUUGCUGUGUUCGAUAGCUGCAGGAUGCACCACUCCUAUCAACACAUUACUUUUUGCGGCGUUACUUGAUGCCAUGGUGAACUACGGUAUAUCCCUGUUUGUGGGUAAUCCGGAAAGGGAACAAUUCAUGCAGGCAGUCACCGAUUUCGCCAUUUAUAACUGUAUAGUCGGAGCGGCCAUAGUUAUCUUAUCGUAUACAGCCACCGUACUCAUGAACAUCGCCGCGUAUAAUCAGGUCUACAAAAUUCGUCAAGAAUAUCUCAAAGCAGCUUUGAAUCAGGACUUUGCAUAUUAUGAUUCACACCAGACAGGCGAUAUUGCUGCUAAAAUGACUGGAGAUGUAGUAAAAUUAGAGGAUGGUAUUGGUGAAAAAUUGGGAACAUUUGUUUUCUACCAAUCGGCGUUCGUAAGUUCGAUCAUAAUGGCACUUGUGAAGGGAUGGAAGCUAGCUCUGUUGUGCCUUAUAUCAUUUCCAAUUACUUUAACGCUCGUGGGAGUCGCUGGUUUGGUGGCCUCCAAAUUGUCUAAGAAGGAGGCUGUGGCGUCAGGCAAAGCGGGAGCUAUAGCAGAAGAGGUUAUAUCAGCGAUACGCACCGUUUACGCAUUCAGCGGACAGAAGAAAGAAAGCGAAAGAUACGAGUCGCAUCUUAUCGAUGUGAGAAAGAUUAACAUAAAGAAAGGAUUUUUUAACGGUUUGUCUAUGGGGUUCCUUUUCUUCUGCAUUUUCGCUUCAUAUGCGUUGUCGCUGUGGUUCGGCUACAGACUAAUUGUUGAUGACGACUACGACGUACAGACUAUGAUCGCUGUGUUUUUCGGUGUCCUAAUGGGCUCCGCCAAUUUUGGCAUAUCGUCCACCCUGAUGGAAGUGUUCGGAGUAGCUAGAGGCGCGGGCGCGCAGAUAUUCAACCUCAUAGACAACGUGCCCACGAUCAACCCACUAUUGGACGCCGGUGCCAAACCUGCCUCUAUAGCCGGUCACAUAGAGUUGAACGAUGUCGCCUACCACUACCCGUCCAGGCCUGACGUGCCGGUGUUGAAAGGUAUAAGUUUGAAAGUGAAACGCGGGCAGACGGUGGCUUUAGUGGGGCACUCCGGGUGCGGCAAGUCGACCAUCAUCCAACUCAUUUCCCGCUACUAUGACGUCAUCGACGGCAGCGUGACUGUCGACGGCAACGACGUUCGAGACCUAUCGAUCCGUUGGCUCCGCGAUCAAAUCGGCCUUGUGGGCCAAGAGCCGGUGUUAUUCAACACAACAGUACGCCAGAACAUCCGGUAUGGCCGCGAAGACGUCACCGAUGAACAGAUAGAGGCCGCCGCUAAACAAGCGUAUGCGCACCAGUUCAUCGUUAAACUGCCCAAGGGUUACGAUACGCUGGUAGGCGAACGCGGCGCAUCCUUAUCCGGUGGACAAAAACAACGCAUCGCCAUCGCUCGAGCGCUAGUACGGAAUCCCGGCAUUUUGCUAUUGGAUGAGGCCACCAGCGCAUUAGACCUUAACUCCGAGGCCAGGGUUCAAAAAGCUCUGGAUAGGGCGCAAGAAGGUCGGACCACCAUUGUAAUAGCCCACAGACUGUCAACCAUAAGAAAUGUCGACAUUAUCUACGUGUUCAAGGAUGGAAUAAUAGUAGAAGUUGGAAAUCACGAUGAGCUCAUGAAAAAGAAAAGCCAUUACUACGAUAUGGUCAUGUUGCAGACCCAACCCAGCUCUGAUGGAAAAGAAAUCGAACCCAACCGACUCACAAGAGGAAUAUCAGUGAAGAGUGACAUUGACGAUGAAGAGGAAAUAGAAUAUGAAACUGUAGACAACACUGAACCUGACGCUGAUACGAAAGAGGUGUCUUUCUGGAAAGUUCUUAAACUGAACGCUCCAGAGAAAAGAUCGGUGGCAGCGGCUAGUCUCUUUUCGUUAAUGAGUGGUUUUGCCAUGCCUCUUCUUGCAGUGAUUUUGGGUGACUUUGUGAAUGCACUGGCCAAUCCAAACCCAGAAGAGGCCGAAGCGGAAGUACGACGAUAUGCCCUUAUAUUUGUUGGCAUUGGUGUAUUCUCCGGUAUUGCUAAUUUCAUAACGGUAUUCUUUUACGGCGUUGCUGGUGAGCAUCUAACAGCGAGAUUGAGGAAGCAAAUGUUUGAAAAAUUACUACAAUUCGAAGUAGCGUUCUAUGAUAACAAGGAUCAUUCCACUGGAGCACUUUGCGCCCGUCUUUCGGGAGAGGCAGCUGCAGUGCAAGGGGCGACGGGGCAGCGCAUUGGGACAGUAUUACAGGCAAUAGGCACUUUCGGAUUCGCCCUCGUACUAGCGCUAGUGUACGAGUGGCGAGUCGCGUUGGUGGCCAUGACAUUUGUGCCUCUAAUGGCAGGCGUCCUCUAUAAGGAAGGCAGAAUGGUCACCGCAGAAAGUUUCGGAACGGCCAAAACUAUGGAAGCCAGCUCUAAGAUCGCAGUGGAAGCUGUAUCAAACGUGCGCACAGUAGCAUCGUUAGGCAGAGAGGAGACGUUCCUCAAGGACUACGCGAAUCAACUGUUGCCCGCUCUGCACCUGGCCAAGAGGUCCGCCCACUGGCGCGGCAUAGUGUUCGGGCUGUCCCGGGGCCUCUUCAACUUCGUGUACGCCGCCGCCAUGUACUACGGGGGCGUGCGGAUCGUAUACCACGACGUCGAGUUCGACCUAGUACUCAAAUCCGCGCAAGCGCUUUUGAUGGGCGCUUCCUCAGCGGCACAAGCGUUUGCAUUCGCUCCCAACUUCCAGAAAGGCAUUAAAGCUGCUGGGCGUGUCAUAGUGCUGUUGGACAGAGAGUCCAAAAUCACGGAUCCCGUGAAACCAUCGAUACAUAACUUUAGAGGUACUGGAGAAGCGAGUCUACAAGACGUUAUGUUCAGAUACCCGACGAGACCGAUGAUACAAGUGCUCAAUAAUCUAGACCUGGAGAUCCAACGAGGCAAGACGGUUGCGCUGGUAGGAAGCAGUGGUUGCGGCAAAAGCACCGUCAUACAACUACUGCAACGGUAUUACGACCCAGACGCCGGGAUAGUCGCUCAAGACGGCAAUCCUCUUACAAAGCUCCGUUUGGCCGACGUUAGAAGCACUAUCGGAUUCGUGCAGCAAGAACCUAUACUGUUUGAUCGAACCAUCGGCGAAAACAUCGCUUAUGGUGACAACUCUCGACGAGUUACGAUGGACGAUAUCAUAGACGCCGCCAAGCAAGCUAAUAUACAUAACUUCAUCACCUCAUUACCGCUGGGUUACGAGACUAACAUCGGGUCUAAAGGUACGCAGCUAUCAGGUGGUCAGAAGCAACGCGUGGCUAUAGCGCGAGCUCUCGUGCGGAGACCCAAGAUGCUGCUGCUCGAUGAAGCUACGAGCGCGUUGGAUACGGAAAGCGAAAAGGUGGUACAAGAAGCCCUAGACGCGGCUAAGGCUGGCCGUACGUGCGUUUUGAUAGCUCACCGGCUAAGUACAGUGCGGGACGCCGACCUUAUAUGCGUCGUUAGUGACGGAAGAGUGGCUGAAAGCGGCACGCAUUCAGAACUGAUGGCUCUCAAGGGCCUCUAUUACAACCUCAAUCGGAGUGGAUAUACGUAA